GUUUCUAAAACGAUUUUUUUUAAAAGCCAAUUAAAUGUAUUUAAAGGCGAAGUCAAAAUAACGUAUGAACCCGGAUGUUAAAUACCCUGUAAAGUUGGUUCCUCUAUUGAUCUAUUCGUAUACACUAUUUACUAGUAUUACAUAGCUACUGUGAAGGAUAAUGGGUGGCUUGGCAUGUCUACUGUUGACCCCUGUGGUCAUCUCAGUCAUUCAUGGCACUCCUCUGGAUGACUACGUACACGCUUUCGAUCCACACUACUCCUACACACUUCUGUAUAAGGUCAACACGGCUGAGUACUCCUUGCACAUGCUCAACAUGACGUCACAGAAAUGGCUGACCGAAUGUCAUUUAUGUGAGUGUGUGUUAACAGAGAAAGUGACCAAGACACCCAUUUGGUGGCAUUACUUGUCUAUAAUUGUACCAUACAAUUUAAACUACAAUGACACGGCUUUUGUGUGGAUAGACGGAGGCAACAAUAAACAAAAACCACCAAGUGAUAAAAACGCUGCCAGAUUUUCAGCUGUUGCUGUCCAGAUUGGGGCUGUGUUUGCCACAAUAACACAAAUUCCGAAUCAGCCAACAGUAUUUUGGAAAGAUCCAAAGCUUCAGAACCGAACUGAAGAUAACAUUAUUGCAUGGACAUGGAGAGAAUUUCUUCUGAACGGAUCAAAUCCAGACAUUUUGCUUAGACUGCCUAUGACUAAAGCUGUGGUUCGUGGCUUCGAUACAGUCUCAAGUUAUAUGCACAACGUCGCACAGAUAAACAUUAACAAAUUUAUCGUAGCAGGAGCUUCAAAGCGUGGGUGGACCACAUGGACCACUGCAGCAGUGGACAAAAGGGUCAUUGGUAUGGUUCCUUGUGUUAUGGAUUUGCUCAAUUUGCAGAAGAGCAUGCACCAUCACUUCCGGUCACUUGGUGGAUGGUCUUUUGCCCUUGGAGUCUACUACACAAUGGAUAUAUUUCAAUAUUUGGACAGUCCAAACUUCUCUAAAAUGCAAGCCAUUGUAGAUCCCUUGACCUACAGUGACAGAUUCUCCAUGCCUAAGAUGAUAGUCAGUGCUAGCGGUGAUCAAUACUUCUUACUGGAUGACUCUGACUAUUACUUCCGCCAGUUACCGGGGCCCAAGUUUUUAAGGAUUGUUCCGAAUGCUGCACAUGCGGCUUCUUCAGGCCAUGAGGCCGAACUGAUCCAAGACUUGCAGGGUUUUUUACUAAACAUUUUUGAAAAAGCAACUUUCCCAAAGCUUCAAUGGGUAAGAAGUCAAAACAUCACGCACGGUAAAAUUACAGUUUCCUCAUCUCUCCGGCCUAAAGAGGUCACGAUGUUCCACGCCAAAACAUUAGAUGGUUUACGAAGAGACUUUCGGUUGUACGUAAAAAAUCCUAGCACUGGUCAACCUGUCAUUCAUCCAGUUUCCUGGAAAAACGGAACUGUCACAAGAAUAACUGACACCCUGUUUGAAGCCGUCAUAGAAAAGCCACAAGUAGGAUGGGCCGCACUCUUCAUAAUGCUCAAGUUCCCAGGUCAGAAAGGUUCCACCAUGGACUUUACAACAGACGUGAACAUUGUACCAGACAUCUUCCCGUUUCCAGAUUGUUCUGGAGAAACUUGUCGAGGGACUUUAGUCUAACUUAACUUGAGAUUUAGCUUGAUCGAGAUUGGAUGCAGACAGUGGGUGGGGAACAUGCGCAACCUUCCAAGUCCCCAGCGAUGUUGGUAGAUAAUUCCAUUAAGAAAUAAAAUGAAAAUACCGGUAUUAGUUCCUUUGAACAUUAAUAGAUAACCCGCGUGUCUCUGGAUACUUCUUAUUUCAUUCCUUAAGGUACUAUGGGAGUGGCUCUCAUUACCGCUGCUCGUGAGCAUGUAGUCAAAGCUUUUUAUCAGAUGCUUUUGGUCGUUUUUUGAAGUGCUGACUUUUGUAAGUGUAAGGUGGCAUUGGGCUGGACUUUGUUUGUUUUUCUGAUUUUGUGUCUGUGAUUUGAGAUUUCGUCGAGCUGUUGUCGCAAAACAGAAUCGACUUAAACAGAAAUAUUUAAAUACUUUGGAAUACCGAAAUAUUAAAUAUUACUUUCCUCUAGUAAUUGGUCCCGCACUCUACCGCAUGACCAAGACCCCGCACCAUUCCCUCCCCUCAUACAGAGCUUGAAAAUCACGGAAACUUCAAUUCAACACUACAGCUUAUUUUAACUCCUCCCCUUUUGUAAGUGUGAAUUGAUUUAAUUCAAUACAAGUUUGUUGUUAUAAAGUAUUACUAGAAACUAUCAGUUGUUACCUAACAUACAAAUAUCAAAUCAGAACACAUUGCAUUCUUAACAACAUCUCGCAGCAUUCAAGAUCUCCGCCUUCCUUAUGGCGUUCCCCUCUUUUUGGGUCUUCCAAUUCAAAGCUUUAGCCCCACAGCUUCCCCUUUCCACCAAAGCAAAGGAAAUGUAAAUCUCUCUGUAUUUUUAAAUGUACUGUGUAAUUAAUGUAUAUAACUACAGGUAUUGUCCAUGUAAAUAAACUACAUGAAUUUUGAAUAUGUAA